CUGAUUCAUUUUCCUUCCAAUCCCAUCCCUCCACCUUCGAUAUUUUUCAUUGGUUUCUGGGUUUCGUCCGUUUCCUUGGUCGGUUUUGUUGGUGGCUAUAGCUAAGACUCAACCAACAAAGCACUCUGUUUUCUCUCCCUCGUGGGUUUCGUCCAUUCCCGUCUGGUCCCGUCUGAAGAGAAGCCAUGGCUGCUAAUGGCGUGAUCACUCGCAUCAACAGCAUGAGGGAGCGCUUCGAUGGCACCCUCGCUGGCAACCGUAACGAGCUCGUCUCUUUGCUCUCCAGGAUCGAGGCAAAGGGAAAGGGGAUCCUGCAGCACCACCAAAUCAUUGCGGAAUUCGAAGCCAUCCCGGAGAAAGACCAGAAGGUUCUCCAGGAAGGCGUGUUCGCCGAUGUUCUGAAAUCGGCACAGGAAGCGAUCGUGCUGCCUCCGUGGGUCGCUCUGGCUGUGCGCCCCAGGCCCGGCGUCUGGGAGUACUUUCGGGUCAAUCUCCAUGCUCUGGUCGUCGAGGAGCUCACUGUUCCCGAAUACCUCCACUUCAAGGAAGAGCUCGUUGAUGGAACCUCUAAUGGAAAUUUCACUCUGGAGCUGGACUUUGAGCCGUUCAACGCCUCUUUCCCUCGCUCGAGCCUCUCCAAAUCCAUCGGCAACGGCGUCGAGUUCCUCAAUCGUCACUUGUCCGCCAAGCUCUUCCAUGACAAGGAGAGCAUGCACCCUCUCCUUGAGUUCCUCAAGGUUCACUGCCACAAGGGAAAGAACAUGAUGCUGAACGACAGGAUUCACAACUUCAAUUCUCUGCAAUAUGUGCUGCGCAAGGCAGAGGAGUACCUGAUCACGCUACCGGUCGAGACGCCUUACUCGACAUUCGAGCACAAGUUCCAGGACAUGGGGCUGGAGAGAGGGUGGGGCGCUACCGCGGAGCGUGCCUUGGAGAUGAUCCAGCUGUUGCUGGACCUCCUGGAGGCGCCCGAUCCUUGCACGCUCGAGACUUUCCUCAGCAGAAUCCCGAUGGUGUUCAAUGUCGUCAUCAUGUCUCCUCACGGUUACUUCGCGCAGGACAAUGUGCUUGGCUACCCCGACACUGGCGGCCAGGUUGUGUACAUAUUGGAUCAAGUUCGUGCUUUGGAAGAGGAAAUGCUGAUGCGUAUCAAGCAGCAAGGCCUCGACAUCACCCCUCGUAUCCUCAUUAUCACUCGUCUCCUUCCUGAUGCGGUUGGAACCACUUGUGGGCAGCGGAUGGAGAAAGUGUAUGGAACUCAGUAUUCGGAUAUUCUUCGAAUUCCAUUUAGGACCGAAAAGGGAAUUGUUCGCAAGUGGAUCUCUAGAUUUGAAGUGUGGCCAUACCUAGAGACGUUCACUGAGGAUGUUGCUACUGAAAUUGGCAAGGAGUUCCAAGGGAAGCCUGAUCUCAUCAUCGGGAACUACAGCGAUGGAAACAUCGUGGCCACAUUGCUAUCGCAUAAGCUGGGUGUUACCGAGUGUACAAUUGCUCAUGCUCUGGAGAAAACUAAGUAUCCAGAGUCAGAUAUCUACUGGAAGAAGAUGGACGAGAAGUACCACUUCUCUUGCCAGUUCACCGCUGAUCUUAUCGCCAUGAACCAUGCCGAUUUCAUCAUCACUAGCACAUACCAAGAGAUUGCUGGAAGCAAGGACACCGUGGGACAGUAUGAAAGCCACACCUCCUUCACCUUACCAGGGCUCUACCGUGUUGUUCACGGUAUCAACGUCUUCGACCCCAAAUUCAACAUUGUUUCCCCUGGAGCUGACAUGAGCAUCUACUUCUCCUACGUCGAGGAGAAGCGCAGGCUCAAGCAUUUCCAUCCCGAUAUCCAGGAGCUUCUCUACAGUGACGUCGAGAACAAGGAACACUUGGGGGUGCUCAAGGAUAAGAACAAGCCGAUCAUCUUCACAAUGGCUAGGCUAGACAGGGUCAAGAACUUGACCGGCCUGGUCGAGUGGUACGGCAAGAACAGCAAGCUCCGCGAGCUGGUGAACCUCGUGAUCGUGGGUGGAGACAGGAGGAAGGAGUCCAAGGAUCUGGAAGAGCAAGCCGAGAUGAAGAAGAUGUACAGCUUGAUCGAGGAGUACAAGCUGCAGGGCCAGUUCAGGUGGAUCUCUUCCCAGAUGGACAGGGUGAGGAACGGUGAGCUGUACCGUUGCAUCGCAGACACAAAAGGCGCGUUCGUGCAGCCUGCGCUGUACGAAGCAUUUGGUCUCACCGUCGUUGAGGCCAUGACUUGUGGGUUGCCUACCUUCGCCACCAACAACGGUGGGCCGGCUGAGAUCAUCGUCCAUGGCAAGUCUGGGUUCCACAUUGAUCCCUACCAUGGGGAUCAAGCUGCUGAGCUUCUGGUGAACUUCUUUGAGAAGUGCAAGACUGAUCCGGCCCACUGGGACGAGAUCUCGCUGGGUGGCCUCCAGCGUAUUCAAGAGAAGUAUACUUGGCAGAUAUACUCGCAGAGGCUGCUGACACUCACUGCAGUGUAUGGUUUCUGGAAGCAUGUCUCGAACCUGGAUCGCCAGGAGAGCCGACGCUAUAUCGAGAUGUUUUACGCCCUCAAGUACCGUAAACUGGCUGAAGCUGUGCCAUUGACGGAGGAGUAAGGUGGUUGGCCGGAAACGGGAAAAAGGAAAGGUCUUUGAAUUGGCUGGAAGAGGGCUGUGGUUGAUGCAGGGGACUGUUCUUGGUGAUGAGUGAAUAAUGGUGUCUGUCAUGGUUUGACAAAAGCUCUUUGUUUCUUUUGGGCAAUUUGUAAUUUGUUCGCUUUUUUCAUUCCGCAUUUUCUGUUGGUAUUGUAUCUGUUUUUUCCCAUUCCCGGCAUUGUUUUGGAUGGAAAACUAGAGCCCAAUGAGAAAGUUGCAGUGAAUUUGAAUUGUGUUAAUCCAAUCUGCAGCCAUCGAUCUCACCAUGUCCAUAUUCCAAUUGCAAUCUUUCUCAUAUUAGAUUCGUGGUUAGUAAAAUGCAGUAUGAGUAUACAACGAUAUUACAUCCAGAGUUGGGUUCGUCGUUUUCAUCUAGACAAUAAUUUAAAAGUUCAGCAUCAAUUACAAAAUAUCAGAAGUUUGUAAUUGAAUAUAGAUAUAGAAGAUUAUCAAAUUGUCAAUACAAUUGAAUAAA